UGAGACUUACAUACCAAUCUGUCCGUAAUCCAAAAUCCAAAAUCAGGCCAAGAGUCAGUAAGAUAUGGUGCAGGCUAUAUCGCCCGCUCAACACACGUGUGCGCGUAAGAAGAUCUGGCCCAAGAGACCGAGCGACGGGUUCCGCGUGAGAAAGCGCAGAACGCAUAUCACAUACAACCAGAGAGACCACGAGCUCACCGACAACCAACGCUCGUGGAGCCGUGCACUGACCGUGUCUCUGUCGGGAUGGCCUGCCCGACGCGAGUUCCUCAGCGCCCAAAUCGCAGCCCGCAAAGAAGAAACACGGACAAACGUAGCUAGAACUGGAAAGCAGAUCGUAGAUCCUGGUGUCCGGGCUACGACGCCUGUCCAGCGAUCCCGCGUUGACACCGGUGACAAGCAGCACGACGUCGCCCGCAAGGCGUGGGCGCGCAAGGCCGCGCUGAUGCACCGCGCCGGCUCGGGCGCGAAGCAGAUCAGCGCCUGGGACCCCGUGGCGGAAACCUACCUGCGCGACUACGAGCUGGAGAAGCAGAUGGCCGCGUUCAAAGCGGCGCACGAAGCGUCCAGCGCCAGCGACAGCGCCAGCGACAGCGACAGCGACAGCGACACUGACGCCGACGACGAAGAGAGCGGCGGCUCUGCUACGCCAGACGCGAGUCUCGGGGUCGUGGGGCCAGACACUCCGCCGUCGAGCUCCCCCCCAGCAGCGUUCCCGGAGUACUCGCCAGUGCCGCUGGUCGACUGGCGGGCGAAAGCGCGCGCUGGCAUUGCGAAGAAGAAGCUCUCCAUUGGCAAGGGCUGGAGCGCGCUGACGUGGAACCAGAAGUCGAAUGUGCACGAGCGGCUGCUGUUGCUGGAGGACGAUGGGGUUGAUGUCAGGGAGCUGCUGGAGCGGAAGCUGGUCAGUGAGGAGGUGACGGCGCUGGUGCUGGAGCGGGCUGCGAUGCAGGGAACGGAUGGGACGGCGGGGUUGAGGGAAGCGUCGUCGAUGGCGGGAACGGGCGUUGGAGUGUUGCAGACGGCGAUGUCGCCGGUGCUGUCGGGCAGUUCAUCGCUAGCAACUCAGCUGCAAGGAGGACGGCCAGCAGGACCCCCCUGGCACCUGACAGACGCGCCGGUCGUCGAAGACACCACACAGCUAUUCUCACUCCUCGAGCCCUACCGACCACGAGCAUCUUCCCGACUGAAGCGCAAGCGCAGCGACGCCACCGACCAAGCAGACCGCGACGACGCACUCACUGACUCUCCCCCAGCGCGCAAGAAGCGCAACAUCCCCCUCCUCUCCGACGAAGCCCUCGCAUCCCAGGCCCUCCAAGCGCUCAAACACGCCGUCCUGCGCCGCGUAUUCCGCGCCGCGCAAUGCACCUACCAGAAACACGCUCCGCCAACAACCAUAACCCUCACGCCCACUGCUCUACCGCGGUCGCUAUCAGAUUCCAACCCGACCGUGUCGAGCCCCACAGACCGCCAGAGUAGAGAUCCACAGCCCGCAGUCGAAGCCCGCACGUGGACUGUCCCGCGCCGCGGCCUCGCCGCCAUCCUGCGCGAACUGCGCUUCCUGGCCUGCAUACCCACCGAUGCUGACGACGACGCCGAUGCUGAUACAUCCACCAUCGCGCUCUACAACCCAGACUACAACCCAGACUACCACGACACCUCCCCCUUCACCUCCCCGCCUACCGCAGAAACCCUAAUCAAAACCCGCCUCUCCCUCACCCACCAGCAACGCUCCCGCAUCAUCAUCUCCCCAUCCCCAGCCUCAGACGGCGCAGUCCUCCUCCACGGCCCGGCCCUUGCACUCGCGGAGCUUUUUCGCGUCCUGCAGGGCGGGGUACUGCACUGCGCGGCGUGGGAGUGGGAUGGGGUGGGGUUGCGUUCUGGCGGGGGCGGUGGGGGGUCGGGGAGUGGGCGGGAGUCAGGGUGGGAAUGGGAGUUGGGGGGCGAGACGCGGGGGGUGCUUUGGGCUGUAGAGCAGCGGCUGCGAGAGGGGGGGUGA